CAAGUAAAAAAAAAAAAAAAUCAAUCAGCAAAUUAUUUUGUGCAAUCAGAAGAGAAAAAGAUCACUCAUCGCCAUGGGACAAGUCUUUAACAAGCUCCGAGGUAAAGAGUGGAGACAUAAGCAGGUACAAGCGAUAUGUGAUCGUGUUUUCGAUCGGUUCAAGAUUCAAACCGGAAGAGCCAAUCUUACGUUUGAAGAGUUAUACAUCGCGGUGCUUCUCGUUUACAAUGACAUAAACAAGAGAUUGCCUGGUCCUCAUUUCGAUCCACCUUCUAAGGAUCUUGUCAAAGCCAUUAUGACGGAUUGCGAUAUCAACUUGGAUGGAGAAAUUGAUAGGGAUGAGUUCGUGAAGUUUAUUGAGCAGAUUACGGCUGAGACAUUUAACGUGGUGAGUCAGGGUUUGAUCAUAUCUUUGAUUGUGGCUCCAACUGUGGCUAUUGCGACGAAGAAGGCCACGGAAGGUGUCCCGGGAGUUGGCAAAGUUGUGCAGAAGCUGCCUACUUCAAUCUAUGCUUCCCUUGUGACUCUUGCAGUUGUGUGGGUGAAUUCUGAUUCAAAUUAAGCUUCUCGUAUUGCAAAGCUUGCCACCAGAAUAAAUGUGUUUAUACUAU